AUGGCUUCCACAAACCAAUACCAAUAUGUCUCCAUGGCUUUGCUCUUCAUUUUGGCCGCUUGGGCAUCUCAAGCCACAUCCCGCAGCCUUCAUGAGGCAUCAAUGUACGAGAGGCAUGAGGAUUGGAUGGCUCGCUAUGGGCGUAUGUACAAGGAUGCUAAUGAGAAGGAGAAGCGUUUCAAGAUAUUCAAGGACAACGUGGCUCGUAUAGAAUCUUUCAACAAGGCCAUGGACAAAACCUACAAGCUAAGCAUCAAUGAAUUUGCAGAUCUUACGAAUGAAGAAUUCAGAAGCUUACGAAAUAGAUUCAAAGCACAUAUUUGCUCGGAGGCAACUACUUUCAAAUAUGAAAAUGUUACUGCAGUCCCAUCUACCAUUGACUGGAGGAAGAAAGGAGCUGUAACUCCCAUCAAAGACCAACAACAAUGCGGGUGUUGCUGGGCAUUUUCAGCGGUGGCAGCAACGGAAGGGAUUACCCAGAUAACAACUGGUAAGUUGAUCUCUCUUUCUGAACAAGAGCUGGUUGACUGUGACACUGGUGGAGAGAAUCAAGGCUGCAGUGGUGGUCUAAUGGAUGAUGCCUUCAGAUUCAUCAAAAUUCAUGGUCUCGCCUCUGAAGCUACCUACCCUUACGAGGGAGAUGAUGGCACCUGCAACAGCAAGAAGGAAGCCCACCCUGCAGCCAAGAUAAAGGGGUAUGAAGACGUGCCUGCCAACAAUGAGAAGGCUUUACAAAAGGCUGUUGCCCAUCAACCUGUUGCAGUUGCCAUUGAUGCUGGGGGAUUUGAGUUCCAAUUCUAUACAAGUGGUGUGUUUACAGGACAGUGUGGCACAGAACUAGAUCAUGGUGUUGCUGCUGUUGGUUAUGGAAUCGGCGAUGAUGGGAUGAUGUAUUGGCUGGUGAAGAACUCAUGGGGCACAGGAUGGGGCGAAGAAGGUUACAUACGGAUGCAAAGAGAUGUCACAGCAAAGGAAGGUCUCUGUGGAAUUGCAAUGCAAGCAUCUUACCCCACUGCAUAA